CGAAAUUUCGAUUGAAAUGCAUUUUAUUCAAUGUAGAAAGUGAAAUUGUAACAAACUUGUAACUCAGAAUAUCGUACGAUUUGUGUUUGCUACCUACAAACGAGUUUGUUAGUUUACAUUCUACACAGAGUAUGAUUCUACUAAGUAUUCACCAGAUGUAACUGAUUUUUGCUAUCUAAUAAUGGACAUGGAAAAAAAUCAAUCGAGCGAUAUGGCAACUCAAUUGACGAUGAACUGUAGUUGCUUCCAGACGGUGGUGGAGGUUAAGGCCCAACUAGCCAAACUUGAAAGAAUAAAUGAAACACUUCAGAACAAACUAGACAACCAUGCUAAGGAUAAUGAAAAUCUGGUCAUUAAAUAUGCCUUUGUAGAAAAAAAGGUUAUAGAUCUAAGAUCUUUAGUGGAAGAAAAAGAAAGUAAACUUCUCAAGAACGACCACGAAAUAGCAGCAUUACAAAAGCAAAUAGGUGUGAUACGAGCGGAAAAGCUGAAGCUACAGCAAAGUGUCGAUUCGAAGCUUGCAAUAACCGAAGAAACAAAGAAUAAUGCGGAACACGCAGCCGAAAUGGACAAAAAAUAUAUGGAAUUUCAAGCAAGAGAAAUUAUGUUGAAGCAUGCUUAUGAUGAACAAGCAGCAAAAAUGGCUUCAUUGCAAAAGAUAAACGGAGAUCUUCGAGAGAGUUUAGUCAGCCAAGAAAAAAAAUAUGCUUCAUGCAUGAAAACGUUAACAGAUAGUGAAAAUGGUAAACAGGAACUACGACAGCACACGAAACAACUUCAGGAAGAACUAGAGCUACACUCACUAAAAAUUGAAGAGCUGGCAACUAAACUGAAUGAUGCGAGUGUUGCUGCAUUGGAGUCAUCACGCAUGGAAGCCACCAUAAAAAUGCAGCAGAAUGAGCUGGAGCAACUACAUACUUUGCUCGAAGAACAGACCAGUGAUGCCGAGGCAAUGAAGGCAAAUGAAUUGGAGCUUCUAGCGUUGAAUAGAGAUCUUAGCGAACUGAAUUGCCUGUUGCAAAAAGAAAUCACUAACCGAAAAUGCAACACACUGGCUGUUACUCUGGAGUACGAGAAAUUUGUAAAAAUGUGUUACGACUACGAUGCGCAAAUCGCCAGCUUAGCAAAUUCGCUUGCUGUCGAGAGACAAGAACGUACAGAAGAGCGAUUAUUAAUGGCCAAGCAUAUUGCUGAUAAAACCAGAAAAUUGAAUCAUACAGAGCAAUGUUUGCAACAAACAAUAAAUGACCUUGAGGCUCAUAGGAAAAAGCAUGAAGCUAUCGUUAAGGACUUUAAGCGUGAAAUGAAAAACGUGCAAUAUGUUUGUGUAAAAAACACAGUCGCAGACGGUGAAAAAUCUUGAGCGACAAUUAGCGACAAUGAGCAGAACGGCCCAGAUCGGAUUCAAUGAUCGUUAUAAGCUACUAUUUCCUCAUCGUGUACCAAAUCUUGAAAACGAUUAAAUUAAUUUUUUAUCUAGUCAUGACUUAUAGAAACAGUAAAUCGGCAUUGUAUAAAUCUUUGUCUUUUUAGGUAAGGCUAUCUAGACGGGUAAUAGUAACUUUUAUUUAUUUAUUUUACUCGUAAUACUCGUGUUGCUGCCAUACAUCACAUUGUUUUAACUAAGCAAAUAAUUGAAAUCACUAUGGCGAUUGUGUCAACAAAUCAUUUUGCAAUAAAACUGUUUUGUUACUUAUUAAUUAUAUUUGAUCAGAAAAUAUCAUCAAAUCAUGAAACGCCAACAUGUAUUACUAUAACGAUAAAGGUUUAAAAAUGAGAUUCACUGGCACGUUCGGUACAGUAACAAGCUUCAACACCGGCUUUACUUCAGGAUGUUGCUUGGGCAGAUCCACCUGAUAUUGCAUUAGUAUCUAAAAGCAAAAUACAAAAUAGUGUUACAUGGCACAGUCACAGCUCACACUAAUCGUAUCUAACCAUCGAUAGCAGAUAGUACAUCUGAAGCUGUGCGAUUUUUUUUCCAAUGCACGAACGGGCUCCCAUAGCAAAUGGUAAUGAUGCCGAUGGCGUUGCUGAAAUGAUUCGGUUUUCACUAUUGGUUCGUUGCCAACGAAAUGGAUCAAAUUCGUUAGAUGCACAAAAAAAUCUUGAGUCUCUUCCGGCACUAUAUAGUGACAGCAAUAUUAAAGUCUGAAAAAUAACGAAUAUAGUGAUUUUUGUUUCAUAUUUUCUCAGUUUUGCUCCAAGUAUCUUGCCUCUUUGGGAAUUUUGUAGCCACAAAAUAGAGCAUCACUAUCAAUGAAUCUUCCUACAAAGGGAGCUACUGGAUAAAGCCUUAGUGCUUCUCGGACCACUCCUUUUAUGGCAGAAGAUUCCAAGCAGGCGGCAUCAUCUAUGUUUUUACGUACAUCGUUUUGGACUCUGUGAUUCGACGCUAGCAAAUAGAGCGCCCAAACAGUGGCAAAAGCAGUCUGAACAACAACAAAAGUUAUUAUUUGAAUAAAACUUAGGUUAAUAAUGCAGCAAUACCGUAUCGCCCGCAGCAAUUACGAAAUCUACAAAGAUUCGCAUCAUUAACGAUUGGUCCAUUCGAGCCAUCAUGUGUAGCAAUCCGUCGUCCUGGUUGCUGUUUUGCGUUCCGAAUUCGAUUAUAGAAGUAGCUUGGCAAAAUAACAAACAGGAUAUUGAAUAGAUUUCAAUGGUCUGUGCAACAGAAGACGUGAAUAAAACCAACGCAUAUAUAAAACAC